AUGUCGGGAAUGGGAGCUCAGUUCCUAGCGAAACAUAAAGCACUCCAGCAAGAGAAUGAAGCCCUUCAGGAGACCCUGACGCAACUGAAAGAAGAAAUCAAGACCCUCAAAGACCAGAACCGAGAGCAGGAACGGCAGGUCACAGAGCUUUCCCAGGGUAAAGAACUCCUUGAAAAAGACAUCGAGAGAAUCCGUGAUCAGCUGCGAGAGGCCAAGGAUGCUGUUGAUGCCGGGGCCCAAGACAACGCAACACUGAAAUCUCUCGAAGGUCGUGUCGAGCUGUUACAAAACGAAUUGGACGAGACGUACGCCGCUGCUAAGCUGGCGAACAAGAGUCGUCAGGAAGCGGAGCUUACAGCAGAGCACUACGAACGCCAGGCGAAAUCCGCUGAAGCACAAGCCAAGGAGUGGGAGGCCAAGCACGAUGAGGUAUCGAAGAAGUACAAGGACCUCCAGCAAGAGAUGGAGGACUUGGGGAAUACCCUCAACAGCCUUUAA